CCAAAAUCCCAAUUUCUUCUUCUCUUCCGAUCUCUCUCCUCCUUCCUCCCCAUUGACCCAGCGGGUUCCCUCGGCUUCCGCGUCGUCGAUGAAGAGCAAAAUGACGAAACUACCCCUCGUCUUCGUCGCCGUCGUCCUGGUGGCCCUGGCUUCCCUGGCCGCGGCGGAGAUCAAGUCCCUGACCAUCUCCUCCGACACCCGCCCCAUGAUCCUCUUCGAGAAAUUCGGCUUCACCCACACCGGCCACGUCUCCAUCCGCGUCUCCGCCGUCUCCGUCACCUCCAAGCUCCCCGACACCGACCCCUCCCGCCUCGGCUUCUUCCUCCUCUCCGAGGAGUCCCUCCUCCAGGUCCUCAUCGAGAUCCAGCAGAACCCUCAGCUCUGCGUCUUGGACUCCCGCUACAUCACCCACCUCUUCGACUUCCGCUCCCUCUCUCCGCCGCCGAGCUCCACCUUCGACCACUCCUACCCUGUCUCCUCCCCCAACGAGUACAGCCUCUUCUUCGCCAACUGCGCGCCCGAGACCACCGUCACCAUGGACGUCCACACCGCGGUCUACAAUCUCGACCCCGACGGCUCCCCUGACUACCUCUCCGCCGGCCUCACCCACCUCCCUUCUCUCUUCUCCGUCUUCUCCAUCGCCUACCUCGCCUUCCUAGGGUUCUGGAUCUACAUCUGCUACACCAACAAGCGCUCCACCCACCGGAUCCACAUCCUCAUGGCCGGCCUCCUCCUCAUGAAGGCCUUGAAUCUGAUCUCCGCCGCCGAGGACAAGCACUACGUCAAGGUCACCGGCACCGCGCACGGCUGGGAUGUGCUCUUCUACAUUUUCCAGUUCCUGCGUGUGGUUCUCUUGUUCACGGUCAUCGUUUUGAUCGGGACCGGGUGGUCCUUCUUGAAGCCGUUUCUGCAAGAGAGGGAGAAGAAGGUGUUGAUGAUUGUGAUCCCUCUCCAGGUUUUGGCCAAUUUGGCUUCGGUUGUGAUCGGCGAGACCGGGCCGUUUAUCAAAGAUUGGGUCACCUGGAACCAGGUGUUCUUGUUGGUUGAUAUCAUUUGCUGCUGUGCUAUCAUUUUCCCCAUUGUGUGGUCGAUCAGGUCUCUGAGGGAGACAUCCAAGACCGACGGCAAGGCGGCCAGGAACUUGGCCAAGUUGACUCUUUUCAGGCAGUUCUACAUCGUGGUUAUUGGGUACUUGUACUUCACAAGGAUUGUGGUCUUUGCCCUUAGGACAAUUGCGGCCUAUAAGUACCAGUGGGUGAGCAAUGCCGCCGAGGAGACUGCUAGUCUUGUGUUUUACAUGGUCAUGUUCUAUAUGUUCAGGCCGGUGGAGAGGAACGAGUACUUUGUUCUCGAUGACGAGGAAGAAGAGGCUGCGGAGAUGGCUCUAAGGGACGAAGAGUUUGAGCUUUGAGUUGGGUAGAAUUGAUUUUGUGAUGCCCCUUUAUAUUGACUAUGAUGCUGCCGAUGUUUUGAGUUCCGUGUAUCGGAUAUAUGGAUAGAGUUGCUGGGUCAGGUCUGCUGCUACUACUGUUGCCUCUUCUGUUUACCUUUCAAAUUGUAAUAUUUUUCAAAUUACUUGUAUAAGAAGGUUGAUGCUUUAAGAUACCAUGCCUUGUAGUAUUUGUUUGUUAGGAUUUUUCAUCUUUAAAUGCUGCUAAUGAUUUCAAUUCAUAAUUCUGAUAA